AUGAAUGCUCACCUGGGAUCAGGAGGGCUAACCCAGGGACGGCAGUCACUGAACCAAAACCAGCAAUCACUUGAGUCUGAUGGUGCAGCUGACCAUACAUUUAUCUCUUCCUCCUCCUCGUCGGAAGGCGUUGUGAUGAACCAGAGCAUUGAGCUCGGGGGUGGCUUGGGGGAGGCAGUGGCUACUUCCAGCAGUCAGGACCUUUUCGGACACCAUCUUCAUGUCCCCUCCCUAAACAUUGACUUUCCUGGCCAGAAUCUAAUGAACAAUGACCAAGUAAACCAGCAGCAUCUUCAAGGUGGCCAGAACCAUCGAGGUGGCCAGAGAGCAUACCAAGGCCAUGAGUACUACUACAAUACAAGGGCUCUUUAUCCCACACUUGAGUCACUCGGGAACUCGUCAACGGCGACGCAGCAUUCCAACGCAACCUCGUCGACAUCCCAGCAACCUCGUACUGCCAUGGUUGCGGGACAGCAGCGCCGCCCAUUCGGAGUCGCCGGCAGAAUCGGACUACCGGUUUUGUUCCACCCGGUGUCAAUCGGGGAGGCCUCCGCAGCUUUCGUGACCUUCCCCGACCCAGCUGUCUUGGCCGUGCUCGAUCUCCGCGACGCCGAGCUACGUCCAGUCUCGGGUGGCUCAAAUUUGCGAGGCAUCAGCGGCCGCAGCCAGGCCAGCCGGGUCCAUCGUGCUGGUGGCCGAGUCGCUAAGCCUACUGCGCGUUCGACGAGGGUCGAUUCUCGUGGAAGCCCCAUUCGGCAGGACGAGGUAAAUCAGGCACAUAACCGGGAGUCUGCAACUCUGGGCGGCCGUCAACCAGUCUACUCUCACCCGUUGGGCCCGCCUCAGUGGAACUGGGGUCUUGCGCUCACCAAUGCUGGUAAGGAGAAUGUCGCUCCUGGAGAGGGAGAAGCUGGUAGCCACCAGUCCAUGGGCCCUAGCAACGGCAAUUCGCAACAUGGCGGUCGGAGCGUGCUGCAGGUCGAGCAGACAGCGACUCAGUGUCCUGACUCGCAGUCAGAGGGAGAGGUCGACGGCCGCGAGAGUCUAGACAGCCAGACCUCCUCACGCAUCGUAAACCUGAGUGAAGAUGAGAGUUCUGUCGUUAGACGAUCAGCAGAAGCUCGAAUCCUUUCCCCCGGCCCAUUUUCUGCUUUGGGUGUAGAGGGAGGGAUCGCCGGCGGCGAGAGUCUAGACAGCCAGACCUCCUCGCGCAUCGUCAACCUGAGCGACGGAGAGAGUUCUGUCAUUGAACGAUCAGCAGAAACCCAGAUCCUUUCCCCCAGUCCACUUUCUGCCAUGCGUGCAGCGCAGUUGGCCAACAUUGCCGGAAUGGUCGAUCAAGCUAAGCUAGGAACGCCGGGGCAGACUCAGCAGCCUGAAGACAACGCGCCCGAGAUUCAACAUGAGCAGCAGACUCUCGGAGCUGCCGAGAGCAGGGCUAUCGGCUCAACAGAUGCUGGCUCCAGCAGAACCAGUAUCGGAUCACCACUAGCUGGUAUUUCAGGUGAAAAGCAUGAGGAACUCGCUGACGAUAAGUCAGACAACGACGGAACUCGGGAGGGCAACAGCACAGUGAUCCAUCACCCGCAGCCAAUGCCACACGUGAAUGCUUCGGCUUCUGGCGGACAGCGCGGCCCCGACAACGGACUCCAAGUGACCCAGUCAGCCGAGGUCCCCCAGAUUGACUCGCCCGAGGAGGUUUCGACUAUUAAGUCGCGCCUCAAGAAACGUUUCCUUCGCUUCAAGAACAAAGUCCGAGGCAUUCGUCUUCUGCCUAAGAAGUCGUGA